CAAAAUUUGAUUUGAGAAUUGAAUUUAAUUCUACAAACCUUCCAUCUACAUUAGUAUUUUGGAAUAGAAAAACUUCUAUAGAUUUUAUAAAAAAAAUUAGCAAAUCUUUAAAUAUUUAUGAAUGGAUGCAUAUAUAUGAUCUUGCUGGUGGUUCUGGUGAAGCAAGUAAUACUAUUCAAGAUAAAUAUGAGAUUUUUUAUAUACAAACAUAUACUCUAGACAAACAACCAAUUACUGCUUCGCAACCAACACUAUUUCAAAAAUUAAGUGGUAUUAAUGUAGUAUUUAAUUCUUCAAAAAUACUAGAUACAUGCAAAACUACUAUUCAAAUAUUAGAUAAUUAUAAAAAUAUUAGUUUUGGUGCAAGGUUAGAGUAUAGAAUAUCAUAUAAUAAUACUGAGUCUUUUGCAAAAAAUUUAAUAGAAAGAAAUGAUAUAUCUUUAUUUUUAUAA